AUGAAGAGAGCGAACGCCAGCGCGAGCCGGCGUGAGACUGCCAUGACGGCCGCCGCGACUCUGAACAGCAGGCGAGCCAACAGCGGACGACGAGCCAGCAUCUCGGUAGACCGCACCCACAACUUCGCCUCCUCCUCUCCUUCUUCUACGUCUACGUCCUCGCCGAGCGGGGCUUGUGCCGCGGCCAUUCGACGGCGACGAAUGAGCCACGCGGCGCCCAUGGUGAUGGACGUGAUGGCCCUCGAGCUACUGAAGCGCCAGCGACGCGGGUCGGUGGUGUUCCUCCAGUGGGACUGGGAGGAGCACAGGAGCAACGACCGCCUGUGCGCCCUCCUCGCCUCCCAGCUCUCCCUCUGCAAGCAGCACUCUGCCGCCGCUUCUUCUUCUACUACUCCCGCCGAGCCGACCACCAACCCCUUCACCCGCCACCAUCAUCACGCCGGCGUGGAGGACGCGGUGCUGAUGGAGGACGCCCCGACCACCCAGCCCAGCUCGUGA